GUUCACAUUGCUACCGUUCAAAGCCAAAUCCUUCCAGUUUCACUUGAGCGAUCUUAUUAGGGUUUUACUUCUCCAGACCAAAAUCAGUAAAAAUGUGCGGUAGGACUCGCUGCACAUUGAGACCUGACGAUAUCCCAAGAGCUUCUCACCGCCACACCGUUCCUACCCGUUUCCUUCACCUGGACCGUUAUCGUCCAUCUUACAAUGUUGCCCCUGGAUCCUAUAUACCUAUUCUGCGUAGAGACAAUGAAGUAGUUGGUGAUGGUGUUGUUGUUCAUUGUAUGAAGUGGGGAUUAGUUCCAAGUUUCACUAAGAAAACUGAUAAGCCAGAUUUCUUUAAAAUGUUUAAUGCUCGGUCGGAAUCAGUGGCUGAAAAAGCGUCUUUCCGUCGAUUGCUUCCCAAGAAUAGGUGCCUUGUUGCAGUUGAUGGGUUUUAUGAGUGGAAAAAGGAAGGUUCAAAAAAGCAGCCCUACUACAUCCAUUUUGAGGAUGGGAGGCCUUUGGUAUUUGCUGCUCUUUUCGAUUCUUGGCAGAACUCAGGAGGUGAGACACUUUUCACCUUCACGAUUUUGACAACCACUUCCUCAACAGCCCUCCAUUGGCUCCAUGACAGAAUGCCAGUAAUUCUGGGUGACAAGGAUUCAAUCGACACUUGGUUAGAUGAUCCCUCAACGACGAAGCUGCAGCCAUUACUCUCACCUUAUGAAAAAUCGGAUUUGGUAUGGUAUCCAGUAACCUCUGCAAUUGGUAAACCGACGUUUGAUGGACCAGAGUGUAUUCAACAGAUACCGCUAAAGACUGCACAAAAUAGUUUGAUCUCGAAGUUUUUCUCAACAAAGCCGCCCAAAACAGACGAAGGAGACAGAGAGACCAAAUCGACAGUCGCAAAUAUCUCAGUUGAUUUGAAAGAGGAACCUAUGGUUGAAGGUUAUGAAGAGGCCACAUUUUCUAACAGCGUAAAGAAAAUUGAAGAACUAGACGGGGAGAAAGAUAUAUCGAAUGAAGCCAAAAAUAUAGGUUUUCAAGAGAUUGUGAAAGCAGAACCAUUUACUGAAGAUAACUCGGCAGUUGCAUCCCAUCCCGAACCUGUAAAGAAUGAAUUUGAGAAGGGUACAAAUGAAGAAGGCAAAUCCCUAAAGACUGGUCUUACUAACGAAACAGGUGAGAGCAAUGCCAGUAUACCGGCUGAGUCCUACAACCUUGAUCUCCAAAGAAUCUCAAAAGAAGAACCCGAGACCCAAGGCCAUCAUCUCUUUACUAAAGAUGAGGAAUUGAAUCAGCCGCAUGAGGCUGUUGAAGAUGAACCAGGAAAUGAAAACCAAAAGACAGUUUUAACUUGCCCGACCACGAUGGAAGGUGGCUUAGAGUUUAGCGAGAAGUCUUCAGAAAAGAGGAUGAGUGGGACAAAGCGAGACUAUGAGGUAUUCUCAGCUCAAGAAAAGCCACGGAAACACUCUGAGAGGUUGCAAAAUGUUAUAAGUAGUGGGAAACACGGAAGGAACCAAGGAAAGGGGAAAUCUAACAUCAAAAAACCUAAGGAGACGCAGUCUACGUUACAUUUCUUUUUCGAUGAGAAAUAGUUCGAGUCUACGUAACAUCUAUGAGGACCAUGUUGGGCUACUUUGGUUGUAGAUAAUGUUAGAUAGGUACCGUCGUUUUUGGAAUGUUGCUUGUAUUGUAUAUGUAGUGUUUGAUCUUUGAUCUAAGGUAAUAGUAUUAUGAAUGAAUUGGGUUUUUAAUG